GCCGCCUCCUGUGGUGCCACCUCGGGGCUUCCUUUUCCUAUCUGCAGACUGCUGGUAGCUUCGGCACUGCCAGCUUCCUCUCCUGACUCUCCUCGUGGCUCUUCAGACUCAAUCUCCAGCUCCACUCCUAAAGAAGCGUACAGAGGAAACUAAUGUGAAGAGCUGUCAAAGCUACUUUAGAAUUUACUCUCUAGCGAAGUGUAGUGAAGAGAAGACUAGUGGAGAGUAGACAGAAGUGAGUGAAGUGAAGAAGAAGGACGAGGAGGUACCAUAGUGAGGAUGGAAACUUAGCCCCCGAAUCCGUAGAGAGUGCAACCCUGGCGCUUCGGAGCAUAGACCACAUCUAUGGCAGUCACAGUCUUCCGCUUAGCGUGUUCAGUGAGAAGCGAGAAGAUGAGGCCAGUCACCUACUUCAGCCUCUGCCUCCUUGGCUGCCUGAUCUUUAACCCCUCACUGGCAGCCCCCUCUCUCUCAGCAGAGGCACCAGCUAUGUCAUGUCCCAGAGGCUGGCUCUCCUUCCAUGACACCUGCUAUCGAUACUUCCACAAAAAGAAGAACUGGAUGGAGGCUGAGGCUCAUUGCCAGCACCAGAGGCAUGGGGCCCAUCUCACCUCCAUUCAUAGUCGUGGAGAAAAUAAAAUGCUGGCCCAUUACAUCAAGCGGUACCACAAAAAGUGCAGUCUCGUCUGGAUCGGACUCUCAGACCCUCAUGGGGAUCAAGGCUGGAGAUGGUCAGAUAAUUCCAUGCUCAGUUUCACAGCUUGGGAUAAUGGGCAACCUGAUAAUCCGAGAAAAAAUGAGCACUGUGUGGUGUUAGAACAUCCAGGUUUUCAGAAAUGGCACGAUUAUCCCUGUGAUUGGAGAUUCUCUUUUGUUUGUAAGCACAAACCCUAGGGGAGGCAGCUUGCCUGGACCAGAGGGCUCCCAACACCUGGGCUCUGAGUGAAUCGAGUCCCUCCGGCUCCCCUGGGAGACCAGAUCCUGUGUCCCCAGCUAUGAAGUCCCUUCUGCAAAGCAUGGCUGAGUUACACCGUGUCACUCCCGCUCUGCUCUGCCCCCUUCUCUCCCUGUUGCACCCACGCUCUGCUCUUCUCAGCAGUCUCAGCACAGUGAAGUGAUAAUAAACUUUCCCUCCAGCAUUCA